UUACCGCUUUCUUAUUCACAGGUUUUAAUAAUAGACAAUUUUACUUUUAAAUCCGACACAAACAGUGAAACAAAAUGUCUAAAGUAACUCGAGCAUCAAAACAAGUCAAAAAAGUUUUUCACCCAAGCGUUAUCCGGACAACUAUGAAGGCAGGAGGAGCAUCUACAGGUCCCCCAAUUGGUCCAACCAUUGGGCAACGUGGCCUGCCAAUUGUAAAAUUUGUGGAAGAUUUUAAUAACUUAACAAAAGACAUAAAACCUGGGACUCCAAUUCCGACACGAAUUCACGUUGAUGGAAAAAAGUUUACAAUUCAACUGUUGGAGCCAGAGUCCUCAUAUUUAAUAAUGCAAGCAGCUGGGAUUAGCAAAGGGUCGAGGUCUAUGAAGGACUUCCCUGUUGGAAAAAUCACUCACAAACAUAUUUAUGAAAUUGCAAAGGUAAAACUUGAGCAAGAAAACGUUAAAAUUCGCAACAUGCCACUGAAGGAGAUGUGUGAGUUGUUAGCGGAACAAGCGUAUCGUCUUGGAGUGGAUGUUGUAAGGAAUAUUGAUCCGGAGGAAUACGAUGCUUUCCUCACCUCAAAAGAGGAAGAGGAGGCUGAGUUCCAGAGGAAGAAAGAAGAAGACGCUUUAGCGAAGAGGAAAAAAAUGAUCGGAAAGGAAUAAAUAUUAAUGUUUCGACUUUGCUGUGUUUUGUUCCGGAUGCAAUUCGUUCAUCUCUUCCACAAUGUCAUCUUUGUAUCCUCUUCGAUCCGCCAUCAAUUUAUCGUUAAACUCCAUCGCAGCAUCUGCCGGGUCCUGCAAGGAUGUCCCAGCAAGAUUCAGCUCUUCAACUUGAACCUCUUCUUCCUCCUCAAUUUCCUCUGGUUGUCUGCUGUAACAGCAAUCCACGUUGCUCGAGCAAACAGGGUUGUCCAACCUUGCUUUCAAGCUACAAUCGCUCACCCCACAUUGAGUUAUAUGUUUAAUAGCUCGAAUCUGUUGCUUGGUCAGCUUUAAACUGACCAAGCAAUCAUCAAACGCAGCAGUCGGUAUCUGUACAACAGCGCCAGUUGCAUAUUCCAAGUCCCCUUCCCCCAUAAGAUGGGAAAAAUCGUCUUUAUCAUCCACACGUGCCCAUUUGUUUCCCCCAGCCGCUCCCCGAGUUAAAACCCUUAAGAAAAAUCCAAAUGUAGCGCCACCCAGCGCCGCUAUAACGGCAGAUUGCGCAACCUCGUUCGCGGUAUACGCUGGUGCAGUGAUCACUCCGCUGCGAACGUUUUCAAUGAUAGCAAUAUCGUAUAGAAAGUAGUGACUUAUACUGAGCGCGGAUCCAACAGAGGCCCAAUGGAUGAGACAUCGCUGCACGCAACUGAAUGAAGAACCAAGUGGUCUGAAGCAAGAUAAGAGUUAUUGGUAUCUACCUAUGUAAACAUGGCUACAAUAAAAUCUAUUUUUUCUUUACUUAUAAGAGAAAUUGUGCAAUUCAUAGCCAAUUAGUUACUCGGAGCUAUUGUACAGAUUCUAUGUUAAAAAACAGAACGUAGUAUUGUGGGUAAGACGGAGUUCUCAGAUUGAAAUCCUAUAUUUCUUUUUUCACUUGCUUUUUUGGGUCGUGAGUUUAUGGUUAUAUAAUUCUGUAAAAUAGCUUCGUUUUCUACCAAACAAGACGAUAAAAACGUGGGCCUGCCUGGGCUAUAUUGUACUAUUACCUGUACCACGUAAACGCCCAUGCAUAGUUUUGUAGAAAAACUUUGGUUAGGUAUUCCCUUGUACUUAAAGCACCGAUGAUAUGAGCUCGUAGUUUGUAAGGUUUCAUGUCGCCACGUAACCAAGCGCCUACCCUGCUUUUCCAGCAUUUGUGAUUGUCUAAACACAUGACACGAAUGCUCCUUAAAAACCUGUUAAAAUGCUAGAUUUUUAAGUCUGUCAGAAGGAUAUUGUUUUCUGUGAAUGUAUCUUAUUGAUUCUCGCUUGGCAGUCGUACGGACGUUGCCACCUAUAUAUAUAACUUUGUGGUUGAUUAAUAAAGGGGGUUGGAAAGA